CAAGCCCUUCGCUAUCGAUCUCCUUUCUCUUGAGCACCACACCGACACAAUGACUCGGCCUCUAAGACAUGUCGUCUUUGACGUCGUCGGCACCUGCGUGUCAUUCGACGCUUACUACCAACGCAUAGACUCAGUCUUGGGUGCAAAGCUUCGCCAAAACACCGUCACCCCACAACAUUUUGGGUUCACCUGGCAGACCGCUGCCGAAUUGGAAUUCACUUUCUUAUCGAUUUCUGGAAGCUAUAAGGCCUACCAAGAGGUUCUCCGAGGACUCUUCUACCGCACUCUCAGCCUUUGCGGCAUCGCCGAUCCUCGGGCUUUGGCCACCGACGAGGAGCGGGAGAAAUGCAUUGAAGGUUAUCAAUCUUUGCAACUCCGACCUGGCUGCCGCGAGUCCUUUCAGAUCUUGCGCGACAAUGGGUUCACUGUAUGGUGUUUUACCACCGGCGAUGUGCAGCGCGUCAGAGGCUAUUUUGAGCGUGCUGGUGUGGAUAUGCCAUUGGAGAACUUCAUCAGUUGUGAUGUUGCGGGCGUAGCUAAACCCGCUCUCCCCGCCUAUCAGGCCGUGUGGGACCGACUGGGGGCUAACGAUGUGAAAUGGUUUGCUGCCGCGCACAUGUGGGAUGUUGCAGCCGCGACGAAAGUCGGGUUCCGUGGCGCCUGGAGUUCGGUGUACGAGAAAGAACCUUGCCUCGACGUUUUCAGUGAUGCGAAACUUGAGGUAGUGGCUGGGAGUCUUGUGGAAAUGGUGCAGCAGAUUGUAGAGAAGUCACAAUGCCAUCAGUAA